AAAAAUGGAAAAUGGAGUGCCAUUUGUCGUGACCCUUGCAGCCUUGCAGCAACGGAUUUAGAACUUGAGGAGCGGCCGGGUUCUCUUCCCGUUCAACUCCCCGCUUGCAAUACCGUAGCUAUGACUGCGGCCCUCUUCGGUGCAGUGGCGCCAUGCUGCUGCCUCCGGCUAAGACCAGUUCAGUGUCUGCCAUCUCCUUCCUCAGUUAUGAGCUCCAAGAACCAAGCGUUUCAUCCCGAAGGGUCGUCUUCUCGGUUCGGUCUUCGUGUUUACUCGCCAUGGAUAGGACUGAGGCAUGUCUGCCAAUCAUUCCCCAGUAAUUGUAAACAACUAGGGAAGAAGAGGACGUCUAGAUGUAUGGUUGCCUAUGCUUCUCUAUUUGGAGUUGGAGCUCCAGAAAUUCUAGUAAUUGGUGUGGUGGCUCUGUUGGUGUUUGGACCUAAAGGUCUAGCAGAGGUUGCCCGGAAUUUAGGAAAAACUUUGAGAUCUUUCCAGCCGACUAUUAGAGAGCUUCAGGAAGUUUCAAGGGAAUUCAAGAGCACACUUGAGAGAGAGAUUGGUUUCGAUGAAGUUACCAACUCAUCGAAUAGUGCCUAUAGAUCCAGGUCAAUCUUUAAUGAGAACCAGCAUACAACAUCAGAUCCAAAUGGCAAGCCUACUGCUGAAGCCCCACUUACUGCAACCGAGUUGCUGGAAGAGCAACCUCAAGGUAUCAGCAUAUAUUCAGAUGGCAAGCCUACGGCUGAAGCCCCACUUGCUGCAACGGAGUCGCCUGAAGAGCAUCCUCGAGAAAUCAACUCUCAGACAUCGUCCUCGUCAGAGAAUGUGGGAGAAGGAUCAAAAUAGAUAAAACAAUAUCAGCAAAUUAAGUCCAGCAAAACCAAUAAUUGAAUGUGGAAAAGAUAGCUCAUUAUGGACACAAGAGGAGACCUUCAGGGUCGAUUUUGAAAUUUUAAGAUGAUGGGGGUGAUUAUUUGACAGGUGCUCCACUUGAGGGCAGCUUCUGUAGAAGUUUACAUCUAUUAGCUGUAUUGUAACUUUUACUGAUUCAAAUGAUAUGUUUAACAAAAUAUUUUUUCUUGAAUUCUUGGGCAUAAGUUGCAGAAUGUUUCAGAUGGUUGGUAACUGUUAU